AUGUGGACACCGUUUCUCCUCCUACCACCCUCCAUGCGCCAAUUUCAGUGCGCUGAAAUGUGUCGUGUCGGUUUGAGGGAUGCGGACCCCUAUGAAGGGGUAGAUGACUACCAACAGGGUGGCGAGGCACGA